AUGAACACUUGCCCAGGCUGUGCUAAAAACUUCGAGCAUACUGGAUACGCUCAUCACCUAGCCCAGACCAUAAAUCCAUCAUGCGCCGCUCAACUACAACUUUCUGGUCUUUUUCCAGAGUCGAGCGAUAACGAUUCUGAUGGUCUUGCAGAGGAUGGAGAUACUGACAGUCUCAAUGGAGGAGAUGCAGAAUUUACAGGAGACUACUUUGGCUACUACGAUGAACAAGAUCUGGAAUGGCCAGACAAUAACCACGAUGAGCUCCCCUUGGAAUCUGAUGGAGAGGAUGAAGAGUAUCAUGACACAGCGCUUGAGCAUGGGUGGGAACGCCCUGCAGAUCCUGUCCAGCAGGAUAUCAAUGGUGGGGAUGAUUUCGAAAACUCGGACAACUCGGACACACUGUCACAAUCACUCCCAGCCAAACGACAAGAAGCAGAGGCGCCCCUUGGUCACCAGCCCAUUGUUGAGAAAUUUCCAAGGCGCCAUGCAGGUGCUCCAGUCCACCACUCCCGCACUACAGCUUUCGAGUCUUAUAAGAAUGUACUGCAAGGUGCAGAAAACAUUUGGGCCCCCUUCGUGUCUCGCACAGAUUACGAGGUCGCAAAGUGGGCAAAACUUCAUAGUUCUGGCUCAACUGCUUUUUCCGAGCUGCUCGCAAUUGAUGGUUUACCAUGUCAACGACCGCGUUUCAAACACGAAGAAAUUAUUGUUGCAGACGAGGCAUUUGAUGUUUACUCGCGCGACGUCAUGGAGUGUGUCAAAGCUCUUUAUUCAGAUCCUGAAUUCUCACCACAUCUCAACUAUGCUCCUGAACACCAUUAUGCCGAUGCCGACAAGACUAUCCGAAUGUAUCAUGAUAUCCAUACAGGCAAGUGGUGGUGGUCCACCCAGGCAAGUCGCAAUAUUCCAAAGGAGAUCCGUCGAAAACCAUCUAAACGAGCGUGGAUUCUGCUUGCCUAUCUACCAACUUCGAAACUCAAUCAUAUCACAAACAAGGCUGCUAGGCGUCGAACGGCAACUAAUUUGUUUCACGCUUGUUUGCGCCGCAUUCUUGAGCCUCUGAAAGUCCCUGGCGAGGACGGUGUUGCUAUGGCCAGUGGGGAUGGUGCUGUGCAUCGAGGGCAUCCGAUUGUCGCUUGUUACUCCGCAGAUUACCCAGAACAGCUGUUGACGACUGGGGUAAAGUCAGGAGAGUGCCCGAAGUGUGAUGUCCCACACAAGGAGUUGGGAAGUCCACAUUUCCUGGUAAACCUGCGAGACCUCAAUGCAAUUCUUGCCGCAUUGUCCCUCGUCGACGAGGAUUAUGACCUGUGGAGACGAGCGUGCCAGGAGUGUGGCAUUAAGCCUGUCUUCAAACCAUUCUGGCUGGAUCUCCCGCACACCAACAUAUUCCAAUCCAUCAUGCCGGAUGUGUUGCAUCAGCUCUACCAGGGUAUCAUAAAGCACCUCACUGAGUGGAUCAAGGAGGCAUGUAGCGAAGCUGAGAUCGACGCUCAUUGUCGUAGGCUUCCCCCAAACCACAACAUCCGCUUGUUUCUGAAAGGAAUCAGUCACCUCUCACGUGUUAGUGGAACAGAGCAUAACCAGAUCUGUCGCUUCCUGCUUGGUAUUGUCAUUGGCAUACAGUUGCCUGGAAAUCUCAAUAAUGGUCGCCUUACUCGUGCCAUUCGCGGCAUCCUUGAUUUCCUUUACCUUGCUCAAUACCCUUCUCACACAGAUCAAACUCUAGCACUGCUCAAUGAUGCCUUGACACGCUUUCACGAUAACAAGGAUAUCUUCCUUGAUCUUGGGAUCCGAUCGAAUUUCAACCUCCCGAAGCUUCAUUCCUUCCGUCACUAUGUACAUAUGAUCAAAAUGUAUGGCACGACCGACAACUACAACACCGAGUACACCGAACGCUUACAUAUUGACCUCACGAAGGAUGCUUACAGGGCUACCAACCAUAAAGACGAGUAUAGUCAAAUGACACUCUGGCUCGAAAGACGUGAGAAGAUGUUGUGGCAUGAUAACUUUGUUAAGUGGCGUCUGGUUGGUGAUCUUGCCUCGCAAGAAAGGCCACCACCAGACAUGGAUUAUCGUCGGGCAUUCAAGAUGACGAAACACCCGACCGUCAGACGUGUUCCAUUGGAUCACAUUGUGCAGGACUAUGGCGCCACUUUUUUCACAGCAGCAUUGGCUCGUUAUGUGGUUGGCAGGAAUCAACCUGGUUUAUCUGCAGCGCAACUGGAACGAGAGGCUGCUCAUAUCAUUCUUCCCUUUGAUGCUGUGGCUACAUUCCACAGGAUCAAAUUUCACGCAAUCGAUGCUCACGGGUUCCAGGACUCGAGUGUAACAGACAAGAGAGGGCACACGAUCCCCGCACGCUUUGAUACUGUUUUGGUCAACGAAGGGGAUGGUGGGAUAACGGGCGUGAAUGGAUACCAUGUUGCGCAAGUUCGCGUCGUCUUCACGCUGACAAGUCAAGCUACAAAUUUGUUAUUCCCCGCUGGACCUCUAAAACCACCCGCCCACCUUGCGUAUGUGGAAUGGUUCACACCCUUCCAGCAACCUGAAUCACACCAUGGGCUGUACAAAAUUUGCCGUCUGAUGCGUCAUGGAGAGCGUCUUGCAAGCAUUAUCGAUGUAUCGGACAUCCGCAGGAGUGUUCAUCUUUUUCCAAAUUUCAGCGCAGUAGUACCUCGUGAAUGGACGAGCAGUACCGUUCUGGAGCUCUGUCCCAGCUUCUUUGUAAACUCGUUCAGUGACCGACACACUUAUUUAACUAUUGUUUGAGGAAUAUAACGAGAUUCGUUGAAAUACUCUCGAAAUACAUGUAAUUUAACAGAUUCGUUGAAAUACUCUCGAAAUACAUGUAGUUUAACAGAUUCCCUGAAAU